GAGUGCAUACUCCACAAACUUGGAUCGAGUUAUCAGUGAUUUGUCUCUUAAUGCACCUCAAAGUUCUGGGUUUAACACCUCCUCCCAUGGCCAAUCUCCCAAUAAAGUUUAUGGCCUACUACAGUGUAUGGGUUAUAUAUCAGCAGCGAAAUGCUCAAAUUGUUCAAUGGAGGCAAAUAGGAUUAUUCAAGAACUUUGCGCCAACGACAUAGGUGGGCGAGUGUGGAUAGAUAACUGCUUCUUGUGCUACAACAACUCCAAUUUCAUUUCAACAUUGGAUACCAACUUUGUUAUCCUUGAGAACAUGAAGAGUGUGACAAAUAAUAUACAAGAUUUUAAGUCCACGACCUCUGGUCUUCUUUUCAAUUUGUCUGCUAAAGCUUACAUCCCUGAGAAUAACUUAUUUGCGGUUGGAUCGGCCAACUAUUCAACCUCGGAUAAUACAUACGGCUUAGUUCAGUGCUGGAGAGAUUUAUCCGUCCAGGAUUGCAGAUCCUAUUUGUUUCAAGCAAGGCAAGAAUUUGAGUAUUGCUGUUCUUCAAGGCAAGGAGCUCAGGCUAUGUCAGGAAGCUGCACAGUGAGAUACGAGAUAUACCCUUUUGUUGACUCUAGGAAGCCAGAUGCUAGUUUUUCUAUAAUAAAUAACUCUACGGAUUUCUCAGGCAAUAUACAGAGUUUCAAAUCCACGACCUCUAGUCUUCUCUCCAGUAUGUCGUUUGAUCUAGCUAACCACCCUCCAUACAAGGAUUUCAUUAUGACAGAACCAGCCAAAUACUCAAAUUCGGAUGAGGUCAUCGGUCUAGUUAGGUGCUCGAGUGAUUUAUCCAAGAUGGAUUGUAGUUCUUGUUUGCUCGAAGCAGAGCAAUUAUUGGAGAGCUGCUGUUCUUCAAAAGAAUCAGCUCAAGUUACGUCAGAAUGUUGUAUGGUGGGAUAUCAUGUACACAAAAUUUCUGACCCCGAGGCUCCCACAACUUCACCAACAUCAACACCCAGUCCACCGGGUCGUGCUAAUCCACCUUCACAGGCAAAAUCAAAGAAGUCAUCAAAAAGGUUACCGAUGAUAUUAGGGAUCACAAUAGGCGUGAUUUUAAUCUUCGUUGCCUGUUCACUUACAAUGUUGAGAAAACUUAAACCUGCAGUUUCCAUGAAUCCAGCGACCCUUGUGAAGCAUAAUGAAGAAAGGUGGCUAUUUACGAAAGAGCAAAUUGCCUUCAGCUUAGAAACUUUGAUCGAAGCAACACAGGAUUUUAGUGAUAACAAUAAGCUUGGAGAGGGAGGCUUUGGCGCAGUUUAUAAGGGAACGACUAGCGACGACAAGGAGAUAGCAGUGAAAAAGCUGUCUGCAAGAUCUGCACAGGGAAAAAGAGAAUUUAUGAAUGAAGUGGAACUGGUGGCAAAUAUUCAACACAGAAACCUUGUGAAUUAGCUUGGAUGUUGCAGCGGGGAAACCGAAAGGAUGCUUGUAUAUGAGUAUAUGCCCAACAAAAGUCUUGACACCUUCCUCUUCGGUGAGUCAUUUCUUUGUUACCAAAAUAACAAGUGUUAAAUUUACUCUGUGACUUACAUUUUUGUUUAAAAUGGAAACAAAAACAGACCCAGUAAAGCGCAGAACGCUUGAUUGGCAAAAGCGGUUUAAUAUCAUUAUUGGACUCGCUCGCGGCCUUCUAUACCUUCACGAGGAUUCGCAGCGUCGAAUAAUUCACAGAGACAUCAAAGCAGGCAACAUUUUGCUUGAUGAGAAACUGAAUCCUAAGAUAGCCGACUUCGGCUUAGCCAGACUUUUUUCUGAUAAUGAAACUGAAAUACAAUCAAGAUUUGCAGG